AUGUCGCCUCGAUGACGUAAUAACAAACAUGGCGGCGCUCGGAACAGCACGGUGUUUGUUGUUUCGGAGCUACUGUCGGGUGAAAAAUGUCCAAAAGAGCAAACAAAUGUUGGUCAGAUGUAGCGUCAGGACGCUCUGUAGCGGGACACAAGAUACAGCCCUCUCAGAAAAAGCAAAGCCCCAGUUCACAGAUCCAGCUGUGCAGGACAUCCUCACCAGGAUAACAGGCCUGGACCUGCAGAAAGUCUUCCGACCCAUUAAACAGGAGCUGAAGCCGCCCACAUAUAAACUCAUGACUGAUGAGCAACUGGAGCAGGCGGUCGAGUUGGCCUCAGAGCAGGCUAAGAAGCUGCUGCAGAUGCCCCCCGUCCUGUCGGAGAGGAAGCCCAUCAGCGAUGUGCUGUCUGAGGACAAGAUCCUGGACGGCAUGGACACAGCCAAAUACGUCUUCACAGACAUCACCUAUAACAUCCCACACAGGGAGAGGUUCGUCGUUGUACGGGAGCCCGACGGGGUCCUCAGGAAGGCAACAUGGGAGGAGAGAGACCGGCUAAUUCAGGUCUACUUCCCCAAAGACGGACGCAAACUCACAGCACAUCUCACCUUCAAGGAGGAGAACCUCAAGAUGGUGUUUUCCCAGGACCGCCACGAGGAUGUGUUGGACCUGUGUCUGGUCCAAUUUGAACCAGACUCCUCAGAUUACAUCAGGGUACAUGCUGCCACCUAUGAGGACGUGGAAAAGCACGGCAAAUACGAGCUGCUGCGCUCCACCAGACAUUUUGGAGGCUUGGCGUGGUACCUGCUCAACGCUCGCAGGGCGGACGGGCUCAUAGUGGACACGCUGAAGAGAGAACUGCUCCAGGAUGCGGUGAGUCUGGUGUCUCUGUUCCACAUGGUGCACCCCCACAGCGAGUCAGCUCAGGAAGCUGCCAGCCAGCAGGCCACUGGCACCGACCUGCUUAAGAUCUAUGCCCAGAAAGAGUCCCAGAGGUCGGGCUACAUCGAGCUGGCCCUGCAGGCGUACGAACAGAUGGCUGCUAAGAGCUCUGCUGCCUGACGCGCCCAUUCCUAAAUAGAAAUAUAUAAAUUUAUCCACAAUGAGGAAUGGAUGGUGCCCAUAACCAGAGGAACGGACUGAAAAUAGCCUCCCGUGUGUAAAUACAAUACAAAGAGGGUCGAAGAGUGACGUGCUUCUUGACUGAAAGGAAAGCUACACACUUCACAGCCAUCGACUUGAAGAUACAUAAUGUUAGUCAUUUAUCUAUGGAGAGAAUUUGUAGCUCUUAUUGUCUAAAUGUGUAUUUCAUUUGGACCUCUGAGUCAAACCUGAUGUGUUACAUAACAAAAUAAAGAUCUUUGUACUUAUGUGA